AUCCUCGGAGCCGCCGUCGUCAGCGCCGGAUAUGUCGCGCAAGUCGGCAGCGGACACGGAGGUGGCUACGGCGGUGUCGGCGGCAGCGCAGCCGUCUACGCCGGCGUGCAGAGCGCCUACAGCGGCUACGGCGGCGGCAUCAGCGUUGGCCACGGGGGAUCCUCCUCCUACCACGGACCAAGCUACUUCGUGGCUCCCGCUGGCAACUACCAAGGCGGUUACUUCGGCGGCAGCCUCGGCGGCAUCGGCGGCAGCGGCUACGGCGCUGGAUCAGCUGGAGGAUAUGGACACUAGGACCCUUCUUGAAUUUCACGAGUGAAGGCAUUUUAGAAGGACAAAUCUCCAUAUUCUUCGGGUUGACAUCAUUCAUUACAUUUCACUGAAUUAAUACAAGAUGCCCUAACAUCAAC